AGCGGGGUGAAAGGUUGGGACGCUGGUGUACAGCCUGACAGUGAGCCGCAUGAAAGCGCAGCUCUGAAGGGCAGUAGUGAAAAACAAAUGUCUGCGUUAGUGUAUAUUCACCGGAUCGACACCACUGUGUAAAAACAAACCGUUCGUUGCAGAGGAAUCAAACUCGCGAGCAGCUGAAGCAUGAUGCAUCCAGAGCAGCGCCGGACAAGCUUUGCCCUGCGGAGACGACUGGCAGAUUCAGCCCCUCAGGGCGUGCUGAGCACCGGCCAACUGCAGGGCUUCAUCCAGAGCGCUAGGCCUCCUCUCUUCUGCUUUCUGCUCCCCAGGGUCCACGCAGCUGAUGCGGCUGCUGCCCAGCCUGCACAGAUGCCCUCUUCCACUUCCUCGUCCUCUUCCUUCGCCGGUGCUGCUCCCGUGCCCAUCCCUUCUCCCAGCACCCUGCCAAAAAACAUCGGCAAGCCAGAGUUCCCAGACACAGGAUGGGAGCGCAUCAAGGAUCUCUUUGUCAGAGAUGCAACUCAGAGAUACCCAGAGGAGAUCACCAAUGUGGUAAACAGCGGUGCUAUUGGUGCGCUUGCAGGCUUCGUCUAUGGAGGUCUGCCAGCAGCUCGCUUCGCCAGGGAGCGCUACAUCCAGGCCAGCCAGGCGGAGUUGUACACUAAUCGUGUGGAUGCAGUGCGCUCGGCACAUAAUGCAGCUAUCCGGGGUUUUGUGAGAUAUGGGUGGAGAUGGAGCUGGAGAGUAGCUGUAAUAGUUACCUUGUUCAGCUCUGUGAGCACGGGGCUGUCCGUGUACCAGGACAGAGAUGCUGUCAGCCAGUAUGCAGCAGCUGGAGCUGUGACCGUAGGCCUUUUCAGACUGACCCUGGGCCUGAGAGGGCUGGUGGCGGGCUCGAUCAUCGGAGCAGUCCUGGGGAUUCCUGUUGGUGCUCUUGUCAUUGGCUUGCAGUCCCUGACUGGAGAGACGGUCCGAGAGAGGCGGAGGAGAGAGCGUAGGGAACUGUAUGAGCUCAAGCUUGCAGAAUGGGCAGCCCGUCUGCAGCUGACAGACGAGCUGAUUUCCAGCUUGAAUGUCAGCUCUCAGGCCGAGGAAACCAGUAAGGACAUGCAGAGGAUCCAGGAACUGCUCAGUCUGCCACAGAAUGAGGAUGCGGUCAAAGACUCGAGCGGCCAGUGAGCGUGGCCGCCUUACUCUGUGCUAUCUGUUGGACGCUGUAGGGUGGGAUGUGGAAAAUAUGCGUUCUCUUACUGACUGGAAACAGAUUCAGAGGAAGUCAAGAUGCUGCAGUUCAGCAUGACAUAAGUACCUCCAAAGAAGUGCUCACCUAAAUCUGAAGUGGGAUGCAGGAAAAGGAUUUUAAGAUGAUGUGUUUUCCAAGUAUUCAGUAUCUGUUUGUGCCCCUUAACCCACACUGUGAUUAUGAAGGUUAAAUUGGAUUUAAUGUGCUGCUUAUCAGUACUUUAAAUAUUAUACCUGGAAUUUAAACUUCAUUUAAAAUGACACAGUAUUGACUGACACAGUAUGAUCCAAUGUUGACAUAAGAAAAAUCACCAUUGUUGGCGAUUCAGUUGACAGAAACUCCAAACUAAUAAAUAUCAGUCCAUUACA